GGUAGUUGGAACAUGGCAGUGAAACCGAUCUUAGUGUUGCUGCUAGGCUGUGUUGAGUUGUUCAUUGUGCAAACUUUUGUGGAUGGCUUCAAGAUUGUUGAUCAUGUUUACCAAGCCAGUGAGCACUUCAUUGAAGGAGCUGUAUCUGUGCAGGCUGCAGUCCCCAGUCAGGAGGACUGGCUCAGACAGCACCAGAAGUAUUCUGUGUUUUGUGGUAAAGAUGCUGUUAAAGUAGUUAUGCCCACAGACACACUAUCUGAAGUGAAUGUUUUGGGAUCCUCCAUUCUAGACCCAGUUCUAGGGGCAACUAAAGAAUGUGGCUACUCUCUGAUAAAGGAACAGGGGAAUGAUGUUCUCAGUGUCAGUUUCUCUAGCUGUCAUGUCACUAUUGAGGAGGGCCGAUAUGUUCUGCGACUGCUCUACGUUAAUAACAUGGACCCAGCUGAAAUCGCUACAGUGUCCUGUGAUGUCAAUACUGACAUGGCAUUUCAGAAAGUCAGAGUCCCUCGUUCUGAUAACCAAGCUGACUGUCCACCAGCUCCAAUGCCAGCCAUGACCCCAAAUCGAAGACUGCCUAAGAACUAUACAAAUGGAGGGUGUGACAUUCCUACUAGCCAAAGACUGCCCUGUGGUCCUGCUGGCACCACAGCUGUUGAGUGCAUGAACAAAGGAUGCUGCAUGGAUGUGACUACUUCCUCCUGUUACUACCCAAUGGACCAAUGUACAGCUGAUGGGCAGUUUGUGUUUACUAUUUACUCUAACAUCACCACGAUCCCUGUGAGCCCUGCAAGUUUGCAAGUGGCAGCCAAGACCCCCUGUAAACCUAUCCUUGCUACCAAUGAUUUUGCCACCUUUAAGUUCUCUGUCUCUGAAUGUGGGACAAAGACCUAUAAUAUUGGCGAUACCACUGUUUACAUGGCUGAGGUGCGAACAGCUAUCCGAGUACUUAACCUGAAGUAUGGUGUCAUCACCAGAGAUCACCUUGUCAGGGUGAUGGUUGAGUGUCGGUACUCAAAGAUCAGUCCAACAAUGAUUAGGGCAUCUGCUGGUUACAUGGUGGUUAGCCCAAGUGUGCCAUCCUCUGUUCGGGCUGGUGGACUAUAUGGUGUUCAGCUCAGGAUUGCAACUGAUGAGACCUUUUCUUCAUUCUUGAGGAGUAGUCAUGUGCCCUUGAAUGCUCUCCUGGGUAAACCAUUGUACCUGGAAGUGCAGCUGAAGUCUCCAAAACCUGAGGCUACACUGUUGAUAAACUACUGUGUGGCAUACACGCGCUCUGGAACAAAUGCCUUGGUUCUGCUCUAUGAAGGAUGCCCCAACCCUGAGCUUUCCUCUGGCCAGUCUUCAUUCCUCCAUGUACUGGACAUGAUCGAGACUCCUCACCAGCGCCGCUUUGUAGUGACUGCCUUCCAGUUCAUGAAUGUGACCACUCAAAAAUACAUCAAUGAGGAGAUUUACUUCAUGUGCUCCACUGAAGUGUGCAUGCCUCCAACUCCAUGUCGCAAGACAUGCUUUGAUGGAAAGGCAUAAUGGCAUCCUUGCAGAAAAAGCAGACACUGAUUGCCCUUUCAAUAUGUUUAGUAUUAAAGGUUCAUAUUUUUAAAACUC